AUGUCGAGAGAAGGUGAAAUUCCUCUCGUUCAAGGGGACGAAAAUGCUAGAGAAUCGAGCUCCUCAAUGGAAGGACGGUUGCGUCAGAUGGAGAGCAUGAAUGCUCGAUUAUUGGCUAUACUGGAGGCUCAGGGUCAAAGGUCUGAUGAUGAAGAAGGAAAAUUUUAUAAGAGGCUAUCAUCCCACAGGCCAAGAACCUACGAUGGGGAGCCAGAUCCGGUUAAAUUUGAGGAUUGGAUAGCGUACAUGGAAAAGCUGUUGGAGAUCAGAAGUUGUCCUGAGCAUAUGAAGGUUAAGUUGGCUUCAUUCUACCUUGAAGGGCCAGCUGAGAUAUGGUGGAGGACUGUCAAGAAGAAUUUCCAGCAAUCAGACUACACUUGGGAUAAAUUUCUGGAAACCAUUCGUCAAAGGUUUUAUCCUCCAGCUCUACAGAAGAAGAAAGAGAGUGAGUUUCUAUAUCUCUGGCAAGGAAAAAUGACUGUGGUGGAAUACGCUGCAAAAUUUAUGGAGUUGUCUCGUUUUGCACCAGAACUAGUCAGCUCGGAGAAAUUUAAAACAUCUCGCUUUUUCGAAGGGUUGAAUUUUAAGUACCAGAAGAGGGUGGGGUAUUACACCAACUAUCAAGAGUUAUAUGAUCGAGCCCUAGAGCAGGAGAGGAUUGAUCAGAAAGAGGAGGAGUCAAAUAGGAGGAAGAAUGACGGUAAAAUGAAUGACGGAGGAAUCAAACGAGCGAGAAGUGGCUCAAAACAGCAGCAAAGGGGUGAAGGCCAGCAAAAGGCACCAAAGAAGGGAAAAGCCUGUUUUAAGUGUGGAAAGGAUCACUGGGGAAAGAGAUGUGAGGGCUCUGGGAGGCAAACUGGAUUUGUUGGGUACAAUCGAGCAGGGGGGAACCCCCAGGGUUUCCAAGGUAGGAAUGCGGGAUUCAAUCAAGGAAAUCGGGGAAAUUCUGGGAAAACCCCGGGUAAAGUAUUUUCUAUGUCUGAAAGCUCCCAAGGGAAUCUAAAGGCUCCUACAACUGGAGGUAAUGUUAUUUCUGGCACCUUUCCCGUAUGCUCUGUAAAUGCUCAUGUGUUGUUUGACUCUGGAGCCAUCAAUUCAUUCAUCUCUGUUUCAUUUGUUAAAAAUUUGAAAAAAAUUCCUUCCCCAUCCAUAAUAAAUUUAUUGAUAGGUGUUCGGGAUGGAACCCAGUCCUUGUGUGACGUUAUGUAUAGAAAUUAUCCUGUCAAAAUUUCUGAGAACGAGUUUAUGGCAAAUUUAGUUCAGUUCGAACUAGGGAUUUAUGACGUAAUUUUGGGAAUGGAUUGGUUAAGGGAUCAUAGGGCAGUGAUAGAGUGUUCUAGGAGGACCAUCCAGCUUACAACAGCCUCAGGAACUCAAGGUGCAAAUAAUAUCUGCUUUGAAGAUGAUGAAGGAGUUAAAAGGGGGGAAUGUAGGGUACCUGUGUCAAGUGACAUACCGAUAGUUAAGGAGUUUUGUGAUGUAUUUCCUGAUGAAUUGCCUGGACUACCCCCUCACAGAGUUGUAGAUUUUCACAUAGACUUAAUGCCCGGAGUGACACCUAUAUCAAAGGCCCCAUACCGUAUGGCACCGGCAGAAAUGGCCGAGUUAAAAACCCAGCUUGAAGAAUUACUUUCGGAGGAGGAUAUACCCAAGACCGCAUUUAGGACUAGGUAUGGACACUAUGAAUUUGUGGUGAUGCCAUUCGGGUUAACUAAUGCCCCAGCGGCCUUUAUGGAUUUGAUGCAAAGAUAUUUUAAACCAUACCUAGACCAGUUUGUGGUAGUCUUCAUUGAUGAUAUUUUGGUAUAUUCGAAGAGUCCUUUUGAGCACGAAGAACACUUGAGGAUUGUUCUAGGGAUUUUACGAAGAGAAAAGCUUUAUGCGAAGUUUAGCAAAUGUGAAUUCUGGUUGGAGCAAGUCAUGUUUUUGGGCCAUGUAGUGUCUAAGAGAGGAAUUUCAGUAGACCCUGAGAAGAUCAAGGCGAUUAUGGAAUGGCCAGCACCCACCUUUGUAACCGAGGUCCGUAGUUUCAUGGGGUUAGCAGGAUAUUAUAGGAGGUUUGUUGAAAAUUUCUCCCGCAUAGCUUUGCCCAUCACCAAUUUGAUUAGGAAGGAUGUCAAGUUCCAAUGGACACCGAAAUGUGAAGAAGCUUUCCAAGAGCUAAAGCGACGUCUGACGAGUGCCCCCAUUCUGACCCUACCUGAUAGCAGGGAACCAUACGAAGUUUAUAGUGAUGCAUCAUUAGAAGGGUUGGGUUGUGUACUCAUGCAGAAUGGAAGGGUUAUAGCAUAUGCAUCUCGACAGUUGAGGCCUCACGAAAAGAACUACCCUGUGCAUGAUUUGGAAUUGGCGGCAGUGGUGUUUGCGCUGAAAUUGUGGCGACAUUAUCUUUAUGGGGUUCCUUGCAAGAUAUUCACAUAUCAUAAAAAUUUAAAAUAUAUUUUCACUCAGAAGGAACUCAAUAUGAGGCAGCGGAGGUGGCUAGAGUUAAUGAAAGAUUAUGACAUGGAGAUUCAGUAUCACCCGGGAGGCAUUUGGUUCAAAUUAAAAUUCAGCACAUCGUUUCAUCCAGCUUCAGAUGGUCAGACUGAGAGGACCAUUCAAGUAUUGGAAUACAUGCUUAGAGCGUGUGUAAUGGAGUUCCAGGGAUCUUGGGAGGACCGGUUGGCACUUGUUGAGUUCUCCUAUAACAAUAGUUAUCAGGCUACCAUUGAUAUGGCCCCAUAUGAAGCCUUAUAUGGUCGCCGAUGCCGAACGCGAUAUGUGGGAUGA